AUGGUGCCAUUCAUGGCACGUGCACGUGUUGACAUUGCAAUAGAACCUAGUGAUGUUCUUGACUUUGUUAGAUUGUAUUUCAACGACAAGGCUGUUGGAGACAAACUUCAAGGGAUGUUGCAAGUCAAUACGAUCAUUCCGUGGCACCCAAGAACGCAAAGUCCCUUUAUGCCGAAGCGGCUACAGCUGUGGCGUGAGGCUCGAGCAAAGUAUAACUCAGAAGGUCUUGCCAAAGAUCCCGUAGGACUCGUAAAGUUCAUUGGCUGUAGUUGUGCAGAGGACUCAAAGAACUCAUUGACUGCUGAGUUGCACAUCCCGGCUGUUGUCCUUGACAUGGCAAGGCAACGCGAGCCCUUCACAUUUGUCUCUGCUGUCACGGGCAUGCAGUUUAACAAACCCAUGAGCACUGUGACAUGUCUAGAGUAUGUUCUCCGUUCUCAUCCUUGGAUUCUAGCAAGCGGCGCUUCUUACAUUUACAUUGCACAGGUAUAUCAAUGUGCAUAUUCGAGCGGACAAGCAGAAUCAGCUACGUUUGCGGGCUGA